GUGUCAGGAAGAGGAAGAGCGCGGCCGGCGGGCGGGCGCGCGGGAGGCAGGGCCGGGCCGAGCGAGCGCCGCGCGGCCACCAUGGCCACGGACGAGCUGGCCAGCAAGCUGAGCCGGCGGCUGCAGAUGGAGGGCGAGGCCGAGGGCGAGGCGGCCGAAGUGGCCGAGGCGGCGGAGGCGGCCGAAGUGGCCGAGGCGGCGGAGGCGGCCGAGGCGCGGGGCGGCGCGGACGGGGAGCUGAGCGCCAAGCUGCUGCGCCGCGCCGACCUCAACCAAGGCAUCGGCGAGCCGCAGUCGCCCAGCCGCCGCGUCUUCAACCCCUACACCGAGUUCAAGGAGUUCUCCAGGAAGCAGAUCAAGGACAUGGAGAAGAUGUUCAAGCAGUACGAUGCUGGGCGGGAUGGCUUCAUUGACCUCAUGGAACUGAAGCUCAUGAUGGAGAAGCUGGGGGCCCCCCAGACCCACCUUGGCCUGAAGAACAUGAUCAAGGAGGUAGAUGAGGACUUCGACAGUAAGCUCAGCUUCCGGGAGUUCCUCUUGAUCUUCCGCAAGGCGGCAGCUGGGGAGCUGCAGGAAGACAGCGGGCUGCACGUGCUGGCCCGCCUCUCCGAGAUCGACGUCUCCACCGAGGGAGUUAAGGGAGCCAAGAACUUCUUCGAAGCCAAGGUGCAGGCCAUCAAUGUGUCCAGCCGCUUCGAGGAGGAGAUCAAGGCGGAACAGGAGGAACGGAAGAAGCAGGCGGAGGAGAUGAAGCAGAGGAAAGCAGCCUUCCGGGAGCUGCAGUCCACCUUCAAGUAGGGAGGCCCGGCGGCCCUGCCCCGCCCCGCCUGGUGUGUCACAGGGGCAGGCCGAGGCUGAGCGGGAGUCCUGGCCGCCCAUCUGACAGAACCACAACUAAAAUCCUAAAUCGUGUGUGAUCGGAAGCUUUGCGAAGGGUCUCAGGAGUGGCCCGGGCCCUCACCACCCCUCCCGCAGCCACCAGCGCAGGCCCUGCAGCCACCCCUGCGGCUCACACCCCGCCGCGCCGCUGCCUGCCCCAGUCCAGCUCCCGCCAUUCCAUUCCUGUGUCCUGUGUGCUCGCACCCCCACUCCCCAGCCCCUCCACCGGCCCUGACCCAGCCGGCCACCCUGCCCUGGAACUGAGGAGGCAGGGGCGCCACCAGAGAGCAGGACCUAAGGGACUGUGGGAGAUGGGGGGGUCCCCAGGACCUUGGCCUCCAGCUCUGCCCCCUCUCUCGGAUGGAAUGGGAGCGGCCUCUGCCAGGCAGGGUAGGGGGCUGCCAUGCCAAUCUACCUCUCGGGCCCACUCUGCUGGGCUGCCCUGGGGUUCCCGGCAGGGGCAGCGGCUGGGGAGGGCCGGGUGGGAGAGGAAUCAAUCCCUCACCGAGAGAAGAGCCCAGCUCUCUGCCUUGACUCCCCCAUGUGUCCAGGAAGUGCUUUGACAGCGAGUCUGUUCGCACCUGGCCCCUGUCCAUGCUGUGUCGUGCCCACCCCUCUAGGAAGCAUGGGGACCCCGUGCCCGUCACCUGCUGGGGGAUGGCCCCCCAUGCUCGCUCGCGUGUGUCCGUGUUGCCUGUUGCUGUGUUGUGAAGCUGUGACCCCCGCCCCCAAGUGAACGGGCCAGAGUUAUGCAACUUUCUGUGUGUCUCCUGACGGUGUCCCUGCCUUUGGAAUUGAAUAACUCUUUAUUUUACUACGCUGUCCCGAGAGCCCCCACCGCGCCGCUGCCGUGGCCGGCAGAGCUUUUAUUUUUUUGGCGUCGAAGUGAGAGGGGGGGAGGGGCUGAGCGAGCGUGGCGGCCUUCGGCGGCGCCGCAUUGGCCUUAGAGGAUGUGUUUAUACAGAUGAAUGUAAGAUUUUCUUUGGGCUUGUCUUGCAUUUUCUCUUUCCUCCCUCCUCACCACCCCUGCCCCUCUCCCCUAAAACACAAAAACAAAAAAAGAUACUUCUUCAUUUGGUGGUACGAUUAUUUUUUUUAACUAAAAUGAGAUAAAAUUGUAUAUUCGUA